GUUUCGACCGUACUCGAGUGCGAGUGCAUCCGUGCGAUAUACCCGCGCGCUCCACCCAAUUUGUUAUGAGCAGCAGCAGCGCACCCCGGUAGUAGGCGAAGACGCGUUGUUGAGGGGGCAGUGUGUGCAGGGGAAUCAAUAUGUGAGAAGAAGAAAACUUCUGCUUUUCUGAUACGGAAAGAAGCACACGCUCGGAAUAAAGAGAAGGUUUAAUGAGUUUCCGUUAGUGUUGUUAGAAGUUUUAAGUGUUACGCAUCGUUACAGUUAGUGUUGUUUCCGCGUGGUUUUUUGAACUUUCGGCGAUCGAAGAAGGCAUGGUUUUUUUUCUGGUUUGGUUCGUUCAAAAGUGUUGAGUAAUCGGGAACUUGGCAGGGGGUGUUGGUGAUACAGUUCAGCCUGUUGUGUGGUUUCUUUUUUGCUGUGUUAUACUUAUCAACGAGAAAGUAUGGUUUUUGACACGUACACUUGUCACUUGUGUGAAGUGGGAAGAUAAGCCCGUGUGGUAAAAAUUAGGAGCUGUGCCAGUCUGAACGGGGCAACAUUUCGACAAUCGGCUAGCAGUGACACGAGGUGUCAAAACAAGUACGCUGCUUGUAUCAUAAUACGUGUUAAAUCUGCGAUACACUUUUCCUUCUACGGUGUCUAACAGAAUCGCCAUAUUAAGCUACACCAGUUGGCAAAAAUGUAAGAGAGGAAAAAAAAACUAAGUAUCUGUUUCAGUGUCUGUGAGUCGCCAGCUUUGAUUUGGAGUGCGAUACGGUACCUUGUUUCUAAUUGAUUGAAAUUGACAGUAAUUUUGCUGUUGUUGUCUGUUGUUGUGUGUCUCUGUGUCGAUGUUGGAUGAUUAAGCGUGCCACAAUCGGAAAGUUUGCCGUGUACUUGUCUACACCUUUGAUUUGAAACCUGUCCGGAGAGGAGAAGACGGAACCACUAGCCCAUACACACACACGAACACAUUCACGAACACCGGAGCGUGAAAAAAAACAUCCAGACUCACUUACGGAUCGCAUUUUAUGGGAAUCAUGGAAACGAAUGUCCCCAGAGCGGCAGCCUACCCAAGACGAUGGUGAUGGUGGUGGUGGUGGUACAAGUGGAGGAGGAACAAUAAUCGGUGGGCACGUUACAGUGGAAACAUCCUCACCAGUCCCCAGUCCGGGUUCGGGACAGUUAGACGCGACGUCGUCUGUCGGCUCCAGUAUGGUGCUUUCAUCGAUUCCGCUGGAAGCCAAUCAGCUUAUCCUACAGCAACAUUUGGGGCACCAACAGCCACAUCACAUUAUUGCUACUGGCAACCACGCCAAUCAGAGCAACAGUACCAGCAACGGUAGCGCAAUCAGUGCUGCCAGCAGUGUCGGCGGCAAUCAUAGCAUCAUUAUCAAUAACAACACUAGCUUUAAGAACCACAACAAUAUCGUAAUAAGUGGAAGCAGUAGCAGCAGCAGUAGUACCAUCAACAAUCAUACCUACACAAUUAACCUAAGUGGCAGCCACAAUGGCCACGCGGUAAUCGCAAACGGCGGCAGUAACGCUAUCCCUAUCCAUAGCUAUGCACCCGUUGCUACCACCGCCGCAUCCGUGAACAACAGUACGAACCUUUGCGCCAGUAAUUAUAGUAAUAGUCAUCACCUAGGGCAACAGCAAUUCCAUCAUCAUCAUCAUCAGCAGCAGCAGCAGCAGCCGCAGCUACAUCCUACGUCAAACUCGGGCAGUACACUCAUCAGCUCCGUCGGCAUAGCAACGGCUCAUAGCAACGGUUCGAUAGCCACGUCGGCAGCGACGGUGGUGGCGCCAACCCCGCCACCGCCGGAAACAUCCAAGCUAGUGGUGCUGCAGCAAGGACACUUGGGAGAGAAUUAUAUAACAGCUACCGAUGGGAUGAACGGCGUCGGAAAUAUUGUCCUGCUUGCGACCGAGCAGAUGGACGAGCACGACAUUCUAAACAACAACGUGAUCAUUACCAGCAGCAACAACGGGGGGAACAGCGGUAGCGGUAGCAGCAGCAACAGCAACAGUAGCAGCAUCAGUAGCAAUAGCAACGGCCAUGGCAACUACGCCAGCAACAGUCACAUAAUCAGUCAUCAUAGCCACAGUAGUAGCAGCAGUAGUCAUCAUAAUCAUCACCAUCAUCCGCUGCGGAACGGGACCACAACCGUCCUGGCGUCCAAUGGAACCGUGGUCAACCCGGACGAGGAACUGACCUCGCUCACGUGGUUGCAUGAUAAGAAUCUGCUCAAAGGCAUCAACCUCUCCAAAGUCCCCGUGUCUUCUCCAGACAGCCCACGGCAAUCGGGAAGCCGCCUAUCGCCUACCAGUGAUUUUGUCGAGGAUUCCAACAAGUCGGAGGACAACACGUAUUCCGCUCAUCCAAUAGCGGAUCAGAGCUCAGGAAUCUACUGCACGGAGACACUGCACUCCAGCGGUCGGUCACUACAGCCGGGAGUAAACACGAACAGUGAAACGUUUUACGUGGGCAACGGCCGAUACCGUACCGUAACCGCAAUCAACGGAGAUCUUAUCAUCGAGUACCCGGUAAUCACCAGCGAGGAAAAAGAGCUCAAGUCCCCAUCGUCAACGGUAUCCUGUGCGUCUUCGUCUUCACCGCCGUCGUCUACUUCCUCGCUUUACAAUUCUUCGCCUUCGCCGUGUUCCAACGGGAAUGGGGCUACAGCGCCUCCAGCAGCACACAGUGGUAGCAAUAGUGGAACAAGUACCCCGUACCAGCACUUCCACAAGAAGUACCUGCGGGAGGAGCACAUGAAGCAGCUGAAACAGGUCAGCAGCUCCUACGUGACUCCCGUCAAACAACAGACAAGUGCAAUCAAAUACGAGGAAGGCGAACUGAUCGACGAACGCCAGUACCCGCCGGCACCGACGAAGAAUGGCUACUCGAUGUCCGUUUCGCCGAAUGUCAGCAGUGACGACUACAGCAGUACCUACGGUGGCAGCAUGAAGCCACCCUCAUCUCCGCCGCUUUCACCGCAACACAUGAACGGCAGUGGAACCAUGGUCGGUGUACAUCCUCAGUCGCAACCAUCCCCGCAGCAGCCUUCGUCGGUUAGUGGUGGCGGCGGCACCAAUGGUAGUCAGCAUUCGCAGGCAAAAUUGUCCCCUCCGAAGGCCAAACAUCCGACCAAUAUGCCAUACGAUCCGCACGUUAAUGUUCAGAGCAAGCCGCCGUUUAGUUUCAGUUCGCUCAUUUUCAUGGCGAUUGAGAACUGUCAGCAAAAGGCGUUACCAGUGAAGGAAAUCUACGCCUGGAUCGUGCAGCACUUUCCGUACUUUAAAACUGCUCCGACCGGCUGGAAGAAUAGCGUUCGGCAUAACCUUUCGCUGAACAAGUGCUUCCAGAAGGUGGAGAAAGCGGCGAAUGAAUCUUUGCAGAAUCUUGGCAAAGGAUCGCUUUGGAUGGUCGAGCCCCAGUAUCGGCCUAAUCUGAUUCAAGCGCUGUCACGGUCACCGUUUCAUUCCGGCUCCGGAAUCGACAAAACCACAUACAAAGCAAUGCAACAGCAGGCUCAACAGCAGCAGCAACAGCAACACCAACGCUCCACGGAUAGUCCCACCAGCAGUGUUGGUAGCAGCUAUUCCAAGCAGGACAACUUCCCAUACCUCGCCAGUCGGUUGGCACCGGGUGACGCACAGAACGGAGCACACUUGCAUCAUCUACACUCUCAGCAGCACCAGCAUGCGGAUCCGGAUGGAGAUGAUUUUAGUCGUUCAUCAACACCGAUAGACUACGAGGGAGGAGGCAGCGAUCUACCGCAUCACGCAACCGGACCAGGUGGGCCAUAUCAUGUAACCUAUCAGCAUCACGGUGGGCCUCCGCCACCGACGACGACGACGACGACCGUGAUUAAUGGUGUUACGUACGCGGCGGGGGCGCCGACUGCGGGAAUGAUUUCGACGACCGGCGGUGAAUCAAUCAGCCGCGAUUGGAGUGCGGAUACGAUCGACGAUGUGAACGCGGCAACCGCUAUGUUGGCUUUGAAGCAUGGACCAAAAAUUUUCACCGAGGGAUUUCAGAAUGGAACUCCACCGGUCAUUACUACUUCGCCAAGCGAAGAUCAUACCUAUUCGGCAGGCGGGAACAUCCCGGCUGCCGGGGCAAGUGGUCGCUCAAGUCAAACCAAUAGUGACGCCAAUAGUAACGGAACUUUGUCCGAUGCUGCGUACGAGAGCAGUGAGGAAAGUCAAAACCUCCCAAUGACAGACGAUUUGGAAGAACAGCGCCGCCAGGCGGGUGUUGAUGCCCUGUUAAACCUAGCCGGCAUCGUGGACUACUCAUCAACCGUCAUUCAGUCUACGUCAUCUUCGCUGAAAAGGCCGGCAUCCACUCCGUACGAUUCCGGCCAUCAGUCGCCGUAUCAAUCCGGAAGCCAACAGUCGCAGCAGCAUUUGCAACUGGAGACUACACCACCCUCCGGAUACAGUGUGGUUGUCCAUCAGCAGUCUUCACAGGUGCAACCGUACCGCAGCUACUACAUGCCGGACGAGCUGAGCCAGUAUUCGUCCCCGUCGCCGCCAAAGAAGAGCAAAUCAUCUUCCGCGCGGAUGCUGAAAAAGUUCAAGAAGAAGGCCUCCUGGGUGCGGUAAUAUUGUGCUGAAAAUCGUCGUCGGCGCUUCCAAGUAUCGAAGGAGCAGCAGCAGUAGCCGGGGGAGGAGAUAUCAUCCUUAUCGCCCCGUUUGUUUCCAUCGGCGUUAGGCUCUAGGGUAGGGGAUUAGCUUUGAUAAGGAUUUAGUUUCCACGUGGUCACGUCGUUGAGUGGGAGAAUGGAGAGAAAAUGCGAAAUGAUGGUCAAUUACCCGGAGAGUGGCGUAAUAGGUUCCGAACUAAUCUGGUAGGAUUAUAGUGAAAUGUAAGGUUUGACCGGGAUGUUGAACGGUAUUUGGUUCCUUCCUGUUUUUUUAAAAUGUUUUUUAUUCAGUUUUUUUUCGGAUAUAUUAUGAAAAAGUUUUUGUUUACAUUAUUGUUUUAAAUGGAAAACAAACUGAUUUUUUGCAAUAAUUUCAAUUGAAAAGUCACUAUUAUUUCACACCGCGCUAACGUUUCGAACGUUUUUCACCUAUUUACCUAGUUUAAAAGCCACAAAUUCUCUUCGCUGUCGAAAUUAACUUAUCAAAAGUAUCGCCUUUUACCACGCUUCAGGGAGCUUUGUUUACAUUGUUUCCGUUAAAUGUAGACGACAGCUUUGUUAUUGUUGAGUGCUCAGAGCAUUUUUUUUCGCAAGGCCUACUGUGCAAACGAAACGUCAACGGAGCCGUACCAAACCACAAACUGAGACUAAUCGUUUAGUUAAAUGUAAGAGCGGAGAAAUCCAUUCUGUUUUUCUUUGAUUAUUUGUUAUGUACCAGCGUAGAAAAAUUAUAUUGUUUAUGGGCAAUUCGAAGGAUCUCCUUGCUCCAUGCGAAGAAUCCGCAUCCGGGGGGAGACGAUUUGGAUUUGUCACUUUGUUAAGGAAACUGAAAGUAAACAGUACCAUGAAGCCUUCGCCUAGACUCUAUUAUCUAAGAAAAAUCAAAUGACGGAAAGUCCAAAUUUAGGAAAAACAAAAAAAAAUCAUAGUCUUUGUACACUUUGAACGAACCAAAAUUGCAUUUUUUCUGUUGAAAAAGUUCUUUAUUUAUUUAAGAGUAAAAGCAAAAAAAGUUAGCAAGAGUUAUCCCAAUAUAUAUAUCUUUAGUUAAUUAGUGUGUGGAUUCCGAGUCCCCGUUUAGUUGUUAAGCAAGUUUACGGUAGUAGUAGAUAGUUUGAGAACGCUGAAGGGAAAGAGAAGAAAACAGAACUUAGUCACUCGCGCCUUUGAUUUUUACUAGAGCUAGAACGAUUUUUUUCUACAUACUAUGUAUAGUCAGAAGGAAGAAGAAUAAGGUUAGGAUCAUAUUAAGUGAAACAAUCACACUAAACAGGACGAAAGCAACUUAGAUAAAAAAAAAACUCAUACACACACAUAGAGAAAACGAUAAACAGAAGCAUGAUUUAGUUUUAGUUUAGUGGAUAGUGGUGAAAUCAAUCGCAUGCUGUACGUUAACAAUAAUCAAACCAACACAUUGUUGAAGCGGAAGCGUCGCUCUAAAAAAAAACUAAUCGAAGCGUGCCACGCCUUAGCCUUUUUUGUUGUUGUGUUUCGCUUCGUAUUUUUUUUAUUCGCUAGAAUCUAAUCGAGCAUCCUUCCCGAUUGCAUAGCUAUUCCUGUAAGGUCAGUUAUUUGUUCGGUGCCAAUUAAAUUUGCUUUUGUUUUGCCAAUCGAAUCCGGUUGGCAACAGUUGCUAUCCGGCAAGUAGGCUAGUGUAUUCGAUAGUGAAUCGAAAGUAGGUAUGCGUAUAGCUGUGCUAGUGCCGUUUCGGCACGGAGAACGGAUGAUUUCAGAGUUAAGGUUAUGUUUCUUUGAGGUAAACUUCAACACUGUUAGUGCACUGUUAAGGUAAUUUGUACGUUUUUAAGCCAAGCUGCACCAAACAGCAGCGUUUCUUACUGGAAAGGUUAUAAGAAAUACUGAAAUAUCAUUUAUUGAAUUGAGUUUU